AUGGAGAGCAGUACCCUUCUGGGACGCAUCCGGAACCGUCCUAAAGCCUCAGCAACUGCUCUAGGGGCAAUAUACCUUCAUGAGUGUCCGCGUGAGCACUACAUCCCCAUCUAUCUGAUAGUGGUGGGAGCCUUUGGCGUGUUUAAUAUCUUGCUCUCCUGCUUGCCCUGCAUCAACGAGCCUGAAGAAGGCACCUCCAACCCUCUGAGCACAAUCUACAAAGCCUGGAACUUACUGAUAAUGUUCUUUGCCAUCUGCUGGGUCAUCGCAGGUAAUGUAUGGAUCUACUCUAUUUAUCAGCCCAACUAUGACAAAAACACAACAGAUGUGAGCUCCUACUGCAACAAGACCCUUUACCUGUUUGCCUUCUGGAUGUUCACUGCGGGUUACAUCCUGAGCGGGUUAUUUUUCUUGUGCUGCCCCUUGGUCCUGAUCUGCUGCUGCCUGUGUGGCCGUGCCGAUCCGGAUGACAACGUGUAA